CUGCGCCCUGCUGACGAUGGGAGACGUUCUCUGCGAAGAGCUCGAGGAUCUGGUUCACUUCUCGGUGCACGACCUGCCGGCACGAGGCUAUGUCGUCAUGGAGGAGAUCCGACGUCAGGGGAAACUCUGUGACGUCACGCUCAAGGUGGGGGAUCACAAGUUCAGCGCCCACCGCGUCGUGCUGGCGGCCUCCAUCCCGUACUUCCACGCCAUGUUCACCAUGGACAUGGUGGAGUGUAAACAAGACGAGAUCCUGAUGCAGGGCAUGGACCCCAGCGCUCUGGAGGCUCUCAUCAAUUUUGCGUACAGCGGCCAUGUUGCCAUCGACCAGCAGAACGUCCAGUCGCUCCUGAUUGGCUCGAGCUUCCUGCAGCUUCAGAGCGUGAAGGACGCCUGCUGCUCCUUCCUGCAGGAGAGGUUACACCCUAAGUGUCUGUGGUCUGUGGUGCUCAGGUGUGUGUCAAAGAUCACUGAACCUGUGCAGGAAAUCCAUCCUGUGUGUCGACCUCACUUCCUGUCGGACCGAGUCCAGCAGGACGACCUGGUCCGCUGCUGCCACAAAUGCAGAGACCUGGUGGAUGAAGCUAAAGACUUCCACCUGAUGCCUGAGCGCCGUCCUCACCUCGCGGCCUUCAAGACCCGACAGAGGUGCUGCACGUCCAUCACAGGUCUCAUCUACGCCGUGGGAGGCCUCAACAGCUCAGGUGACUCCUUAAACGUCGUCGAAAUGUUUGAUCCAAUCGGGAACUUCUGGGAGCGCUGUCAGCCAAUGAGAACGGCUCGCAGCAGAGUGGGCGUGGCCGUCAUUAACGGGCUGCUGUAUGCCAUUGGUGGAUAUGAUGGCCAAUCACGUCUGAGCACGGUGGAGGUUUACAACCCGGAGACGGACAGCUGGACGCGUGUGUCGAGCAUGAAUAGCCAGCGCAGCGCCAUGGGGACGGUUGUGAUUGACGGUCACAUCUACGUGUGCGGCGGCUACGACGGGAAAUCCUCCCUGAACUCAGUGGAGUGUUACUCACCAGAGACGGACAGGUGGACGGUGCUCACCGAGAUGAGUGCCAGCCGGAGCGCGGCCGGCGUGACGGUGUUUGACGGCCGCGUGUUCGUCUCUGGCGGCCAUGACGGUUUACAGAUCUUCAACACGGUGGAGUACUACAACCACCACACUGACCGGUGGCAGCCGGCGGCGGCCAUGAUGAACAAGCGCUGCCGCCACGGCGCGGCGGCGCUGGGCAGCCGCAUGUACGUGGCGGGCGGCUACGACGGCUCCGGCUUCCUGAGCGGCGCGGAGGUGUUCAGCGCGGCGGCGGCGCAGUGGAGCCCCCUGGUGGCUAUGAGCACGCGGCGCAGCCGGGUGUCGCUGGUGUCCGCGGCCGGGCGCCUGUACGCCGUGGGCGGCUACGACGGGCAGUCCAACCUCAGCUCCGUGGAGGUGUUCGACCCGGCCGCCGGCCGCUGGAGCUUCGUGAGCCCCAUGGGGGGCCACGAGGGGGGGGUGGGGGCGGGCUGCAUCCCGCUGCCGCCCGCCUAGGCCCUCCAAUCGGAGGCCGGGAUUCACGCCUGGCCGAUGGUCGCGGGCGGGAAGACGGCGCCUUCCGUCUGCGCCCGCCGAGCGUCAUCGGUACGACGGUCCAGACCUGCGCGCUGACGCGGGCCUGUGGCAUUGUGGGUAAAAACGUUAGUGCUCGCCGCGGAGGAUGCUGCUAGCAUCGUGCUACUAGAGUGUGGACUGAUUAUUAUCGUGGUUUUAUACUGGAGUCACUUUCUGUUCUCACCAAGCUGCUCACUGGGAACAGGGGGACCUCUCGGAUCCGUUUUCGGUGACCGGGCUCACUGGACUAUUUUAUUGAUCCACUGUAAUCAAAGCGUGUGAUUAACAGGAAGUGGAGCUGCAGACAGAAACACGCCCCUUAAAACCCAAACAUCUGAUUGGUCGCCAGGCUUCCUGAGUCGUGGUCCUCUUUGCUAGCUCCUGUUAGCUUGCUAGCUCCUGUUAGCUUGCUCGCUCCACAGAUGGAAAACAUAUACACAGAAAUGAAAAAUAAACAACAACAACAACCA